UGGCCGAGAGCGGCAGUUUCGUGAGCGACGUUCAGACGAAUGUUGCACGAAGAAGUGUGUUCGCGAGCUCGUGUGUUGGUGCGUGCCGAACUGACUCUGUUUGUUUGUUUGUGUUGUUGUGUUGUUCAUCUUAGGAUUUAAUUGCGGCGGGAUUAUGCCUAAGGAUUGAACACAACAGAUGAAGAAGUUAACCUUCAACCUAGACGAUAUGGUAGCCUUGACGCGCCGCAGUAAGUUAAAGAUGCAAUGGAGAUGAGCUGAGAAGAUGUCUCCCAGCGCUUUCGCCUGCUACCUCCUGGUGAUCGUGCUUACCCAGGCCGAGUCGGAGGUGGACUUCCGCUUCACGCAGCACCUCUACAAUGUCAGCAUCCCCGAGAACAGCGUCGCCAAGACCUACGCGACGCAAGCACCAGGUGCCGAGCGUAUGGGCAUCCACGUGCGCUCGAAUGCUCUCAGCGACGUACGAUAUAAGAUAGUGGACGGAGACAGGGACAAGUUUUUUAAGGCCGAGGACCGACUCAUCGGCGAUUUCUGUUUCUUGUUUAUUCGGACUCGAACGGGCAAUAACGAUGUGCUGAACCGCGAACGCAAAGACAAGUACGUGCUGCAAGUGCGCGCCACCGCGAUGAAGAGGGACGGCAAGCAGAAGGUGUCCUUCUCGACGGACACUACUGUGGUAGUUACCGUUCUAGAUACAAACGAUCUCAACCCUCUCUUUUAUCCCACCGAAUACAACACUACAGUUUUCGAAGACACGCCCGUACAUCAGAGUAUCCUCAAAGUGGUUGCGGAGGACGCGGAUCUGGGGAGAAACGGGGAGAUUUAUUAUAGCUUCGCCGAGGAAACGGACAAGUUCGCAAUUCACCCCAUGUCGGGGGUGAUCUCGUUGAGCAGGCCGUUGAGGUACAACGAGGGAACCUACCACGAGCUGACCGUCUUGGGCCAAGACCGCGGCGGCGUGUUCAGACAAGGCUCGGGUAUGGUGAGUAAGGCGAAGGUGCGCAUCCGCGUGAAAAAAGUGAACUUUUUCGCCCCCGAAAUCCGCAUUCGCCACCACCCUCAAAUCGUGGAAAACUCCAACGCGGACAUCUUCGCCAUCGUCAACGUUUCGGACAAAGACGGAGGUAUCCACGGCGAAAUCAAAAGUCUGGAGAUCGUGGAUGGGGACCCCGACGGGCACUUUCGCAUCCGUCCAACGAAACAAAAGGGUGAAUUCAACAUAGAGGUGCUUAAGCUAUUGGAUAGAGAGAGCACGCCGCAAGGGUACACGUUGAAACUCAGGGCUGUGGAUCGCGGAGUGCCGCCGAGAGAGAGUUACAAGUCUGUUCCCGUCCACUUGACGGACCUCAACGACAACGCGCCCGUAUUUAAUAAGGAGAUCUACGAGGUUAAGGUUCCGGAGACCGCUCCGGUCAACACUCCCCUAAUAAGACUGAAAGUUACGGACGCGGACGAAGGGAGGAACGCACAAGUGUUCCUGGAGAUCGUAGGGGGCAACGAAGGGGGGGAGUUCACCAUUAACCCCGAAACCGGGAUGCUGUACACGGCUGUUCCUUUGGACGCCGAGAGCAAACAGUUUUACAGCCUCACGGUCUCCGCAAUCGACCAGGGGAACGCGGGGACGAGGAAGCAGUCUUCCGCGAAAGUCAAGAUUUACGUGGAGGACACCAACGACAACGACCCGAUUUUUGACAAGCCGGAGGUGACGGUGUGGAUCGACGAGAACAUGCCGGCGGGUACGGCCGUGACGACGGUCCACGCGAAAGACAGGGACCGAGGGGAGAACGCGUACAUCUCGUAUUUAAUCGCAAACAUUAACAAAGUACCUUUCGAAAUAGACCACUUUUCGGGCGUUAUUAAAACGGCGGCGCUCUUGGAUUACGAGAGCAUGCGGCGCGAGUACGUGCUGAGGGUGCGGGCGUCCGAUUGGGGCCUGCCGUAUAGACGGCAGACAGAAAUGCAAUUAACUGUUAAAGUUAAAGACAUAAACGACAACAGGCCGCAGUUCGAGAAAGUCGAUUGUGUGGGUCAUAUCCCACGGUAUGUCUCUAUAGGUUCCGAAAUUAUCACAUUGUCGGCUAUUGAUUUUGACGCCGGCAACAUUAUUUAUUACAGGAUUGUGUCAGGAAAUGAAGACGGCUGCUUUAGUAUUGACGCAACGUCGGGAACUAUAACGGUCAGUUGCGAUUUGAACGACAUCAGGGUGAACGAGAGGGAGAUUAAUGUGACUGCAACGGACGGCACUCACUUUGCCGAUAUAGCACGCGUACAAAUUAAACUUGUUAAUUCGAAAAGAGGAACGCUGGCCAGCGGAAGGCUGCUGAGUGAUGAUACGGGAGCUUUCGAUUGCAAGGACACGGGGGUUGCGAGGAGACUCACAGAAGUACUCGCCGCGGCGGAGAAUAACAACAAGCCUCAAACCGAAGAAGAAUUCCCAAUGAUGCCCACACGCUACGGACAGAACUUGAAAUCACCCGAAUUCAUCGACUUCCCGGCCGAAAUUAAAGUCAACGAGUCGGUAGCCUUGGGGACGACACUCGUCAAAUUGAAAGCCCGCGACAGAGAUCUAGGCUACAACGGUAAACUCAUCUACGGGAUUUCGGGAGGCGACAAACACUCCCAAUUUUGCGUGGACAUGGACUCCGGCGAGCUGAAAGUCAUCGGUUACCUCGACCGAGAGCGCGAAUCCGAAUACUUCCUCAACAUCACCCUAUACGAUUUGGGUAAACCGCAGAAAUCCACGUCUAGAAUGCUUCCAAUCACGGUCCUCGACGUCAACGAUAACGAACCGGUGUUCGAGCGUGCCCUUGCCAGUUUCAGAGUUACCGAAAACGCCCACAACGGAACGGUGAUCUUCCGGGCGAACGCGACCGACGCAGACUCCGGGGACAACGCGAAAGUGACUUACUCUCUAGUGACGGACACGAAAGACUUCGCCGUGGAUAAAUUCACAGGUGCGCUCACCGUGGCCAGCAAUUUGGACCGGGAGCGGCGAGACCUGUACGAGCUGCGAAUUAGGGCGACCGACGGCGGCGGCAAGGGCCCGGAUAAUCCGCCUUUGUAUUCCGAAGCCCUGGUCAGAAUAUCAAUCGACGAUAUCAAUGACAACGCCCCGAAAUUCAGUUUACCCGCUUACACCGUCAAGAUACGGGAAGAUAUACCGAAAGGAAGCGUCGUUGCUGUGGUUACGGCUUCAGACCCUGACCUGGGUAGCGAUGGUGAAGUGUUGUAUUCCUUGGAGGAUAGCGAUAGCGAUGGUACAUUUAAAAUUGAUCGCUUAUCGGGGACGAUCAGGACCACAAAGCCGCUCGAUUUUGAAGAGAGGCAAGUCCACAGCUUAAUCGCGUUCGCUAUUGAUAAGGGAAAUCCGCCGUUGUCUUCGGAAGCGACGGUCACGGUGUACGUGGUAGAUGUGAACGAAAAUAUGCACGCGCCGCAGUUUAGUGAUUUGGUGUUGAACGGCACGGUGAAGGAGAACCAACCUGUGGGGACGGUCGUGAUGCAGGUGAACGCCAGCGAUGCGGACCCUCCGGGGGGCGACAGCAACAUCGAGUAUUCGAUAAGGGGCGGCGAUGGAAUCGGGAUUUUCUCCAUCGAUAAUGAAGGCAUCAUAAGAACGCUGGCUGUUUUAGACGUAGAAACCAAAACGCACUACUGGCUCACAGUUUUUGCUCAAGAUCACGGAGUGGUCCCCCUAUACUCCAGCGUCGAGGUCUAUAUAGAAGUUUUAAAUGAAAACGAUAACGUUCCGUUAAGUGAUGAAGCGGUCUACUACCCAAGUAUCCUUGAAGAUAGUCCUGCCGGUAGCUCAGUACUUCAGAUACGAGCUUCGGAUAAGGAUAAGGACCCUAAUCAGAAAAUAACAUACAGGAUUACGUCUGGAAGUCCCGAGAGGUUUUUCUCCAUAAAUUCGUCUACAGGACUCAUCACAACUACUUCGCGCAAGUUGGACCGAGAAACUCUCGACGAACACAUUUUAGAGGUUUUGAUAACCGACAACGGCACCCCUCCACUCUCAUCAACGACGUACGUCAUCGUGAAAAUCAAAGACAUCAACGACAACGCCCCCGAAUUCGAGCAGAUCUCUUACAAUGUUCAAAUACCCGCGAGCGCCGAUUUCAAUCAAGCCGUCUUUCAGAAUGACAGCCCGGAUGAUUUCGACGGCGCCGACGCCGCUACUGAUGAUGAUAUGUGGGAUUCUCAUGGUCCUGCAGAUCUUGCAGACCUCGAUCCGGUAUUCCGGGUCCUAGCUUACGACCGCGACGCCGGCGCAAAUUCCGAGAUCCGCUACAGCAUAAAAUCCGGCAAGGGAAAAUCCAAGUUCAAAAUAGACAAUUCGACCGGGAUGGUGUACGCACAAAAAGGCUUCGAGCCGGGACAAGAGUACGAACUGAAUAUAAGAGCCACUGAUGGAGGAAACGCGUCUAAAAGCAGCAUCUGCAAAGUGUCGGUUCACGUUGUUCCAGUGCCUUCAAAAUCGAAACAUGCUCCUGUUAUUACGAAGCCACCGCAGCCAGUCAAGUUGACGGAAAGCGACGAAAUCGGGUUUCUGGUUACGUUUAUCGAAGCGGCUGAUAAAGAUAACGAUACUUUGUGGUAUGACAUCGUCGGUGGCGACUCUCGAAACGACUUCUACAUAGGCCGAGAAACCGGCAGCAUCCUCCUCGCCCACAAAUUAGAUUACGAGGCUCAGAACGAGUACACCCUCAACAUCAGCGUAACCGAUUCUGUACACACUGUUUAUACGCAGUUGAAUGUAUCAGUAAUUGAUAUAAACGACCACCGACCGGAAUUCUCCGAAACCUUAUACAAAGUCGAAAUUUCCGAAGCCGUACCCGUAGAAACCGAAAUCCUACGUCUACGUGCAACAGACAAAGACGACAACACCAAACUAAUCUAUAGUCUACACUCUGCAAGAAACUUAAUCUCUUUGCAAACCUUCAAGGUCGAUUCCAUCACCGGCGUCAUCUACUUAACGGACAAUCUGGAUAGAGAAAGCUUAGACGAGCACAUUUUGACGGUGAUGGUCCGUGAUGGGGGAACCCCCGCUAAAAGAAAUUACGCGAGAGUGAAGAUUAUAGUCCAUGACCACAACGACCACGUGCCGCACUUUUCCGAGCAGAUUCUGGAGGGGAAGGUGUUCGAAUCGGCUGUGGUUGGCAGCGCCGUUCUUCGGGCCUUCGCCGUGGAUCACGACAAGGGCGAGAACGCCCGAAUCACCUAUUCCAUCAUUUCGGGUAAUUUCGGCAACGCUUUCACCAUAGAUCCAGACUUGGGGAUCAUGUCCGUGGCUCGGGAACUGGAUAUGACCACGAAUGCGGAGUACAUGUUGAGGAUAAAAGCGACAGACCACGGUCAGCCUGCUCUUUCGUCUUCGGUGCCUGCGCAUAUAAUGCUUACGAUGGCUGACAAUGCGCCUCCUAGGUUCACACAGAAAGAAGUGGCUGCGGAAAUAUAUGAAGACCAGCCGUUGGGAGCUUAUGUGGCGCAUUUGACUGUGCGGAGUACUUCUUCGUUGCAGUUUGAGAUCAUCGAUGGGAAUGUUGAUGGUGCUUUCUUGAUCAGUCCGAGUACCGGAGUUAUAACUACGCAGAAGUACUUGGACUACGAAAUGUAUAAGAUUUAUAACUUGACUGUGAUAACGACCAAUAUGGCCUCCGCUUCCGCCACAUGCAACGUCAUCAUCCACAUCCUCGACAAGAACGACAACGUCCCGCAUUUCCUCCAAGCAAAUUACUCAGGUACCAUCAGCGAAGCGGCACCCAUAAGUUCUCUCAUCCUGACCAAUAACAGCGAGCCACUCGUUAUUAAGGCCUUCGAUGCCGACUCCGAAACAAACGCUUUAUUACACUAUGACAUCAUCGACAUCCUCCCUCGACGGUACUUCCAAAUCGACUCAUCCACCGGUGCUAUCCGUACCAUCCGCCUUCUCGACCACGAGACACACAAUCGUUUCACUUUUCACGUCCAGGUGUCGGAUCGUGGUAACCCUAAACUAACAUCCGAAACCACAGCAAAAGUGGAUAUCACUGUCACCGACGUGAACGACUGCCCUCCCAAGUUCACGGAGAGCAUUUACAAUGUAACACUUCUCCUCCCCACCUACAAAAACGUGGCUGUGGUUCAAGUGAAUGCUACGGAUCCAGAUAGUCCCGAGAGUACUAAACUGAGGUUCGACAUAAUCGAAGGGAACAAAUUUGGGGUUUUCGCUAUCGAUUCGAAGAGCGGUCUCGUCACAGUACUACAACCAGACAAUAUGAAGCAUUUCUACAAACUCCACGUGCGCGUAUCCGACGGGAAGUUCUCCAGCGUGACUAAAGUCUUCAUCAGGGUGGAAGAAUCGGACAACUCUGGCCUUAUUUUUCAAAAGUCUCUCUACGAAGGGUCAAUCAUUGAAAACUCGACAAAAAUCACCACAGUGUGCGUGGUGAACGUGCUAGGAAGUGCCUUAAACGAGUACUUAGAAUUCAAAAUACUCAACCCGACUAACAUGUUCACGAUUGGACUUACGUCCGGGGUGAUCCGCACCACGGGCAUCAAGUUCGACAGGGAAGUCCAAGACAAGUACGAGCUCAUCAUUGAAGCCCGAAGCCAGCACGUGGACAAGGACAAGCCUCGAGUGGCCCACGUGAUCGUCAACGUCACCAUCCUCGACAUCAACGACAACUGCCCCAUGUUCGUCAACCUUCCCUACUACGCCGUGGUCUCCGUAGACGACGAAAAAGGCAGCACGAUUGCCAAAGUCCACGCUAUCGAUUUAGACAGCGCGGAAAAUGGCGAAGUGCGUUAUGAACUGAUCAAGGGCCAUGGGGAGCUGUUCAAGGUUCAAAGAGAAACGGGAGAUAUUGAAAUCAAGCAGAAUUUGGAAGGGCAUAAUCGCGAGUACGAACUGCUGAUUGCUGCCUACGAUAAAGGAAUCACUCCCUGCAGAACUGAUGUUACGGUUCACGUUAAAGUGAUUGAUAGGUCGAUGCCGGUUUUUAAGAAACAGUUUUAUUCGGAAGUUGUCCCGGAAAAUGUGGAGCUUCAUUCGCCGCUGUCGACUUCCAUCGAGGCCGAGUCGCCACUUUCGAGGAAACUGAUUUAUAGCAUAGUCAAGGGGAAUGAGCUCGAAGAGUUCGCACUCGACUUUAACACAGCCCCCGACAGUAACAAUGGUCCCUGUGUCAUCUCCGUCGUGGAUGAGCUCGAUUUCGAACAGCAGCCCCAGUACGAGCUGCUCAUUCGUGCAACGGACUCCGUUUCCGGCGUCUACGCAGAAGUUCCCGUAUCGAUAGUCUUACAGGACGUUAAUGAUUGCCCUCCAGAAUUCACUCAAGAGAAUUACAAUGUGUCAAUAUCAGAGGCGGCACAAUUCGGAACUCCCGUUCUCACGGUCCUCGCGAACGAUAACGACACGGGUAUCAACAAGAAAAUCAGUUACUCGAUUCAGAAUGACAGUAGCAACUCGAGCGAAUAUUUUUACAUCGAUGAAAACGAGGGUAUUAUUUAUUUAAAACAAGCACUGGACCAUGAAGACGCUAGCUCUCACCAUUUCGUCGUUGUGGCGAAGGACCUGGGCAUGCCGAGCCUGUCAAGCACCGCUCACGUCUGGCUUACAGUUCUGGACAUGAAUGACAACCCGCCAAAAUUCGAGCAGACCUCUUACUCCUGCGGCCUACUGGUGAACGCGAAUCGAGACCAAUUCGUCACAAUCGUAAAAGCGAGUGACCCCGACGACGUAGAUCAGAACAAUCUGCGUUACACCAUCGUCGCCGGCAACGAACAACAAACAUUUUCAAUGAAUCCGGAAACCGGAAUAAUCACCCUAACGAACUUGGCGAAUUUCGGAAACGAAAACACGAUGAUUCUAAACGUUUCCGUUUCUGAUGGUGUUUACACAAAUUUCGCAAGACUGAAGGUGGAAUUGUUACCGGCGAAUUUACAUCCGCCCAAGUUCGAUAAGUUCAUUGUCGAUGUGCAAGUGCCUGAAAAUCAACCCCCAGAUUUUCCGGUGACCGUCGUAAAGGCAACAGAUGAUGACUUCGGGGAGUUCGGAGCCAUAUCGUAUUCUAUUCAUUCGGAUCUAUUGAGCGAGACUUUCAAAAUUGAUAAGGUCACGGGGAAACUGAGCACUAAAGUGCGUCUAGACAGGGAGAAGCAGAAGUUGUAUGAGGUUCCGGUGAUGGCCACGGACGGUGGCGGGAGGGCCGGUUUUCUUACAGUGAGAAUCAAAGUAGCCGACGAAAACGAUAACGCGCCCUAUUUUUUGUUAAGAGAAUAUAAGACUAGCAUACAUUUUAAUCAUAGCGUCAACGUACCCUUCAUGAGAGUCAAAGCGAAAGACGCCGACGAAGGCGCGUCUGCUCAAAUUAGGUACCAAAUAUACGAAAAGAAGUCGUCGGAGGUUAUCGACGUUUUCCAAAUCGAUGCAGAAACGGGAGAUCUGUCGCUAAAAAAGGACGCAAGCUCUUGGAUUGGCGAAGUGUUCCAGUUUUUCGUCAGGGCUUCCGAUAAAGGUCCACAAGAAAGACACUCGGAUGUUCCCGUCAAUAUUUUAAUUAUGGGACCAAAAGACUUUCCGCCUGUUUUCGAAAGAAAAGACGAAAAGUAUUUCUUGGCUGAAAACUCUCCCGCCGGGACCAUUAUUACUAAAUUAAAGAUGGCGUCCAACGUGAGCGUCACCUAUCAAAUCAUUUCGGAACUAGACGAAAGACCACAGUUCGAAGUCGACUCUCAGGGUCAAAUCACCUUAGCGAAACCACUGGAUUUCGAAUCCCAGGACUCGCAUCUGAUUGGCAUCUUGGCCUUGUCUGACUCGAGUCCACCAAUGACGGCGUUGGCCGAAGUCGCUUUGAAGGUGCUGGACGAGAAUGACCACGACCCUCAAUUUGAAAGCAGCCCUUACAUCGUCUAUUUGGCGGAGAAUACUGAAGAAGGGACCAGCAUUUUAAAAGUUGUUGCCCACGACGAGGACCAGGGCGCCAACAGCGAGGUGCGCUACAGCAUCAACCAAGACUCCGGCAACAUCUUGGACAUCUUCGCCAUAGACUCGCACACCGGCUGGAUCACCACCCUCGUCAAACUAGACAAAGAAACCAAAAUAGAAUACAAAUUCUACGUGACGGCUACCGAUAACGGGACUCCGAAGCAUUCGGCACGCACGACAGUCAUCGUGCGAUUGAAAGAUUACAACGACAGUCCUACCACUUUCAAGAAGCGUUUCUACGAGAGCGCCGUCAACGAAGACGCUCUUCCUGGCACCGUCAUUCUAACUUUAGACACAAUCGAUGCGGAUACCGAUUUGACGACACCGGUGGAUUUUUAUAUCAUAUCUGGGGAUCCAAGUUCGCAAUUCCAAAUCCGGCAAACUGGAGAAAUUUACGUUGCUAAGCCCCUGGAUCGGGAGAACGUGCCGCAUUACGAUCUUCAGGUGUUAGUUACGGAUGGCAUGUUUACUGACGUCACUAAUGUCUCUAUUGCCAUACUGGACGCAAACGAUAAUCCUCCGUAUUGUCUUAAAUACCGCUACCGCCAAGUCCUGUCCGAAGGCAUCACUCCGGGAUCCUUCGUCUUGUCGGUCCUUGCGACGGACAUCGACGGCCCCGAGCACUCGAAGCUGCGUUACAUACUAUCAGGCGACGGCAUGGACAAUUUCCUGUUAGACAAAGACAGCGGCCAUCUUAAAACCGUUACAUAUUUGGAUAGAGAGAAACAAUCCAAAUACACCCUAACGGCGCACGUUCACGACAAAGAAAAACCGAAUUGGAAGUGUUCUUCUCAAAUCGAAUUAAUCAUAUCGGACUUAAACGACAACGCUCCUUUGUUUUCUCUACCUUACUAUUCGGUUUCGCUUCCUGAGGACGUUGAAGUGGGGACUUUAGUAACGAAAAUCCACGCAACGGAUGCCGAUAUUGGUAUCAAUAGAAAAAUUAAGUACGCAUUCAUUGAUUCGUUUAACAACCACUUCAAGAUGGCGUCCGAUAGCGGAAUAGUCACUUUGGCUAAACCUCUGGAUCGAGAAAUAAGGGCUGUUUAUAACCUAACAAUCCAAGCAGUCGAUCAGGGAACGCCGCAAUUGUCUAGCGUAAGCACUCUGAUAGUAAACGUCCAAGACAUCAAUGAUAAUCCUCCGGAAUUUGCCAACAAAUAUUACUUUGCCGUUGUUCCGGAAAUUGAUGCUGUCGGUACGGAAGUUGUUAAGGUUCUUGCUACGAGCAAAGACACGGGGGUUAACGCAGAUGUGUACUAUUCGAUUAUUGGAGGAAAUGAACACAAGAAGUUUGCGAUUAAUAAUAAGACGGGUGUCAUAUCGAUCGCCGAAAUGUUGGAUUACGAGAGGGCGAAAGACUACUUUCUUACUAUACAGGCGGUGGAUGGGGGAACCCCACCUUUGAGUAAUUCAGCUACGGUGAAUAUUACAGUCACGGAUUGUAACGAUAACGCGCCAGUGUUCAGUCAGUUGUCCUAUAGUUCGAGAAUUAGGGAGGAUGCCCAAAUCGGCGAUAAGAUUCUGCAGGUGAUCGCCACGGACUUGGACAGUGACAAAAACGGCCAAGUGACUUACUCCAUCAUCAGAGGAGACAAUCGUGAACAGUUCGAAAUAGAUCCAGACACAGGGUACAUAUCAGUAGCUGACGAAUUAGACCGCGAAACCACAUCUAGCUACGUUCUCGAAAUCCUGGCCAAAGACAAUGGAGUGCCGGUGCUUUCUAGACAAACUUUAGUUAAUAUAGAAAUUACGGACGCAAACGACAAUCCUCCAUUAUUCUCUCAAAGUAACUACACCACCGUCAUUCAAGAGGAUAAACCAAUCGGUUAUCCCAUCAUCAAAUUUACAGUUACUGACGCCGACACUCUCCCCAAUACGAUUCCCUACACCUUUGACUUCAGGAGUGGAAACGACGGCAACAGUUUUAGGUUAGAAGAGGACGGGAUUCUGCGAACGGCGACCAAAUUCAACCACAAAAUUAAAGAUAAUUACCUACUUCAAAUCAGGGUGUUUGACAACGGGAUCCCGCCCCUCUACUCUGACUCCUGGGUUGUGGUCAAAGUCAUAGAAGAAUCACAGUAUCCACCGAUAAUCACGCCGUUAGAAAUCAACAUCAAUUCGUACCUAGACGAAUACCCUGGCGGUAUCAUUGGAAAAGUGUACGCAAACGACCAAGAUCAGUAUGACACUCUGACUUUCUCUUUAACACCGACUCUAGAAAUGUCGUAUCCGUAUCAUACGCACGAACUGUUUCAAAUUAACCGUACUGACGGUACUUUGACAGCUUUGCCGCGUCUGGAUGCCGGUGACUACCGACUGAACGUUUCCGUGACCGACGGUAAAUUCCACGCACACUCGAUUAUUAAAAUCAACAUUGAAGUGAUCAAUGAGGACAUGUUGGAUCAUGCUGUUGCUAUAAGAUUCCGACAAGUGAGUCCAGAGGUGUUUGUUUUGAGUCAUAGAAAAGGCUUUGUCAGAGCUGUGAGAAAUGCCAUGAACUGUCGUUUGAAAGAUGUGGUAAUCGUAAGUGUCCAACCAUCCAAUGACGACGACCUUCCGUUACGAUCAAAACGCUACAUCGUUAGUAAAGACCUGGAUGUUCUAUUCACCGUGCGACGACCCGAUGAAGGUUUCUAUUCGUCUGAUUCCAUCAGGAAAGCACUUAACGACAAUCUAGAAGAACUGGAAGAGAGUACGAAACUAGUGGUUGAAGAAAUCAUUAGGUUUAAGUGUAGCAAUAGUUAUUGUGUCUUUGGUACUUGCCAGGACCAUUACGUAUUGGAACCCACACGUAUAGAGCCGGUGGCGACCGACGUCACUAGUUUUGUGUCGCCGCGACAUCGCCAGAAGUUAGAAUGUGAAUGCAAAGAAGGAUAUGGAGGAGAAAAAUGUGAUACUAUUGUUAAUGAGUGUGCCAGAGAACCUUGUCCUCCAUACAAGAACUGCAUACCUGAUGCUUCUACGGCUGGGUAUUCAUGUCAGUGUCCUGAAGGUUUCGCUGGUGCCAUGUGUGAUGUUGAUAUUUCUAAGUGCCAUGAUCAGAACUGCUACAUUGCCAGAAACCCGAUCUCGUUCAGUGGGAAAAGUUAUUCGCAGUACCGCAUCAUCAACAAGAAGUCAAUCGAAGAUCAGCUCAGUUUGAGUUUGAGGAUUAGAACGGUACAGCCUACUGGAAAUUUGAUGUAUGCGGCUGGGAAGGUCGAUUAUAAUAUUUUGGAGAUAGUAAACGGCGCGGUACAGUACCGGUUUGAACUGGGUAGCGGCGAGGGUAUAGUCAGGGAGUCUUCAGUGUACGUUUCCGACGGCAGAUGGCACGAAGUCAAACUCGAGAGAGAUAGAAAUAGUGCCAAAAUCACCAUUGAUGGUACCCACACAGCCCAAGGUUCAGCUCCUGGUAUAAGCGACAUUCUCAAUCUUCAAAGUGACGAGAUGUACCUCGGAGCGGAAGUCCAUCAGCAUCCCUCGAUUCUAGGUUUUGAAGAUAUCCAAAGAGGCUUCUCAGGUUGCAUGGACGACAUUAGGAUAUCUCGAAUGUCUGUUCCUUUGCACAAAUCCGGAGACAACUCCGUAGCAGUCCUUAAACGAUUUGCCAAUGUAGAAUUUAGCUGUGAUACUAACAACGUUUUAAUCCCCCCGGGUCCAUGCGGAUCGCAGCCUUGCAUGAACGGGGGAACUUGCCAUGAAACAAAUACAGGGUACGAAUGCAGUUGCCACACGAGGUUCACGGGGACCCUCUGCGAGCUCGACAUGGACCCUUGCGCCUCCGCGCCCUGCCUCUACGGCGGCAAAUGCAUCUCCAACGUUCCGGGCGACUACACCUGCGAAUGUAUGUUCCGACUCUCAGGAAAGCGCUGCGAAUACGGCCACUAUUGCGCUCCCAACCCUUGCAAACACGGCGGCGUGUGCGAGGAGGGCGACGACCGCCCCUUGUGCAAGUGCCGCUCGUUCUUCGGCGAGUUCUGCGAGUACGACGUCAACGAAUGCGAGUCGUCGCCGUGCCAGAACGGAGGAACUUGCUUCAACGAGGUCGGCUCUUUCCGCUGCGUCUGCCCCCAGAACACCUCGGGGCCAUACUGUGGCAACCUCAUCUACAACAGUUCCAUCACUUCCUCCAUUUACAACAUCACUUGGGAGGAGCUCGUGGCUAUCGGAAUCGGGAUACUUGUGAUCCUUUUGUUGGUGAUUCUGUUCGUGGUGUGCAGGAGAUGUUACACGAAGCGCCAAAGGAGGAGGAGAAACGUCAAUAACGAGAAUAUCAAGGAUCAUAUUGUUUUGAACUCGACGAGGCCUCACGAGAUGAGCGAGUUUAAGAGAGGCUCCAAACUGAGUAAUUUGGAGGUGAAUCAGAGGGAAAUUCCGGUUUGCCCGCCGAGGCCUGUUUCGUAUACGGCUUCGGGUCAGAAUGAUUCUUUGUAUAAUUGCAAUAACACGAUGAUGUUGAAUAAUUUGGAUACGUUGAGGAGUUACGGGUCGGCGGGAGACGAGUUGGAGAAUGUUCCGCCGGAUUAUGUGAGAAAUUUGAAUAGGAAUACGGGCCAGAAUUGUGUAGGGAAUCAUUGUGAUUCGGAAAAGACGACAUGGGCGGAGCAGAUGCAUCUAGCGUCUUCCUUAAACGACAAACCGAAAGUGAGAAAUGAAUUCAAAAUAUCAAGUCCAGUUAAUUGUGAUGUUCCAAACAGACUGUAUGGAGGGCGAAGUAAUACUAUGAACUUUGUCAAGUCGAAUGGCUCAGUGUGUCCCGAAGAGGACCAACGUUCUGUAGGAAGUUAUCAUUGGGACUGCUCAGAUUGGGCAAGACAUAGCCAAACACUGCCUAACAUAACGGAGGUACCAGGCAGUGAAAUACCUGAUUCCUCCAGCUUUCAUAGUAAUGAGAGUAACGAAUCUCGUUGUCACCAUCUUCCUCCGGUGCUGGGCCCACUUGACCCACAUCGAGACAUUGAGACUCUGAACGAGGAUGCAGAGUCGGAAUUCAUGGCUGAUAGUGAAUACGAUGUGCAUCGGGCUAGCCCCAGUCUCAAUGCUCUCGAUAGUGGAAAUGAAGAAUUUCGAUUUACCACAGCGGAUAGCUAUAUACGUCAUCCCAACUCAUACCUUCCUAGCCAUGGGUACAAUAUUCCUAGCGAAUCAGAAGCCGAGUGUUUACAAAGUCCCGGUGCUGAAUCUGACGAAGUCGAACCGUAUGGAUUUCCUAGCAACCGCAAUCGAAGGAAAAACUGUGAUGAUGAUAUUGGUUCUGUGAUUACAACUCUAGAAGAGCGCAACUCCCUUCUAGGCGGCUACGGUAGCAACAGCGACCUCUCUACGAACCUGUGCGAAAUAGAAGACUCCGAAUGCGAAGCCGAACACAAGCCCUUGAAUUACAUGGGCGGUGUGCAACAGACUUCGGUUUGACAGAAAGCCAAGCCGGGUCUUGUCAAGACUCGUUUUCCUGGAUAACUUAGUAUUACUGAUGUACCUAUGAAUUCCCGUGUAGCUUAACGAUGACUUAUAUGGCUUAACUAGUGUAAAACUCGUGUAAUCUUGUACAGAUCGAUUAUUAUUUUCGUUUGGACUUUUCGUCAUUCUGAAUAGGAAUUGAGGAAGGUUGUUCGACUAAUUUUAUCAUAGCGUUUGCAUAUCAAAUGUUGUUUUACGACUUAAGAAUUUUGUACAUACAGAAAAAAUAUUUUUUAUAACAUUGGUUGAUUAUCGAUAAUUUCAACCGAGAAAUCGAAUAGUUUGAAAUUCGUGACAUGUUGGAGUUGUUGAGCGACUAACACAUAAGAUUCGGGAUUUUUAUUUUUGUGUUUAUUUUGUGCGAUCUCGGACUGUUGUGUUGAGGUAGCGUCCUGGAUUUUAUCUGUUGGUGAAGACAACUUACAAUCGACUAUUACAAUCGUGUAAUUUGAAUUACUUUGUAAAUGGAUAGUUUAAUUUUUAUUUUAAGGUAGGAAAUAAAACGUGCCUAAUAUAGGGAGCUGAUUACAUGAAAAAUGGCAGCUCUAUUUGAAUUCACUAUUUAGACAUAGUUUUUAUUUAAUAUAAUGUUAAAAAAUUUGGAUAUGACAUGAUAGUUGUAUUUAUUACGUUCAGACAAAUUUUAUACAUUGUGUACUGCAUGUGAUAUAAUGUUUAAUUUAGGUUAUGUGUACCAUUUUACUUUAAAUUAAUUUGCUAUAUGGUUUACAUAGGAAAUUGAAAUUUGUACCAUGAAAACUAAUUUUAUUACAUUAUGAAAUAGAUUAUGUAAUUUUUUUAAUAAAAUUUGAUAAAUGAUA